GAGCUUGAAGUCCGUUGUGCGCGCACCGAUGCCGACAAAUGAUGUCAGCGUCGACAACAUCAAGAAGCAAACUUGAUUCCAAUCACCUUCUCUUGCCGUCUAUAAGAUGCAGUGGACGAAGCCAAGCUUCAAGCUACCAGAGGUACACGAUGACGAGCUCUCGUGCAAUGACUGACCAGCUAUGCAGCCAGAAUUUGAGUUUUUUUCUUUGGAAUGCGACAUGGAAGACUUUCAUCCUGUUGGCAACGGCCCACAUGGGAAUAGAGCUACCGUCAUCUUCAAAGGCGGUCGGUUCGAAGGUCCAAAGCUAAAAGGCACCAUCUUGCCCGGUGGUGGAGACUGGGAGAUUGUCGCUGAUGACUCUACGGCUGUGAGUGCCAUCCUGGCUUGCUGGAUUGCACUGACUAGGCAGUUCUUGGAUACGCGCUAUAAUCUCAAAACAGACGACGGUGCAAUCAUUUACCUCCGAACGACAGGCGUGCGGAAAGGUCCCAAGGAUAUUCUCGAUAAGCUUGGUGAAGAUGAGAGCAUCACGGCGGACCAGUACUCGAUGCGGCUAAGCCUUCAAUUUGAGUGUGGCACAGACAAGUACGCUUGGCUUAACAAGACUGUUGGCUUUGCAGUGAGUGGUCGAAACGGUACGAUGGUCAUUUAUGAUGCCUAUGCGCUUGUCUGAAAUGAUACAAGCUGGAGUCUUGUGGAUAUGGUCUGAGCAGGCCAGAUACUGUGCGAAGCUUGCACCUCAACCUUCGCUAGUUCUGUCUAUCCCGUAAGAACUUGUAUUCAUUGAGAUUUCACAUAUGUAGAACUAAGCUACUAGACGAACGAGCACUCGAACAGAAUGCGCGUGCUCUGUUGACUGCAAGCUGAGCAUGACCUAGCAUGAUGAAGAGUCCUGAAGACAUGUCGGCCAAGUGCCUGUUGUGUGAGUCGUGUGACUCGGUGUGAGUGAUGGGAUUUAGCUCUAAAAAAAGCUACGUCGUGCUCAGCUCAACUACUGUCCCCCAUAAUAAGAGGGAAGCGAAACAGAGAAUCCAGCCACCCAAGGGUGCUCAGACUCUCCACGCCGG